UAGAGAUAAAGAGAGUGGGACACAUUCUAUUUAUAAAAGGAAAAAAUUUGUUUGCCGUCGGCAAAAUGCAAAAUGUGCCAACCAAAAAAAUCAACUGAUAGCAAGCACCAGAGCAACAAAUUUGUCUUAACAUAUUCUUAAUUGAUUGAGAACACAAAAUGAGAUUCUCCUUCAAAUAAAACGUAGAACAUCAACGCCACGCCCCCCAAGCCCCCACGCCCAUAUAUCCAGCUAAAAAGUGGAAAAAGCCUUUGAUUAACCGUUCUUUUUUUUGUUUGGUUUGGUUUGGGAUAUCCAGAGACAUGACCGAAUACGUGACACCUAUGAUCAGCAAUGUGCUGAAAAAAUAUCAAACGAGUGCACCAAAAAGUCUACAAGGUCCUGGUCAUCAUGCGCACCAUCAUCAUCGUAGCGAGAGUCCGCCAAAUGUUAAAGGAGCCGGCGCAGGAGCAGGAGGAGGUUCGCCAGUGAUGGCAAUGAUAAAAAAGGAGAUACUCAGUUCACCAGAGCCACAGAUGCAGGAGAUGCUGCAUCCGCAUUUGCAUUCGCAUUCGCAUCAUCCACACCAUCAUGAGUCGCCGCCAUCGUCCCAGCCACCGUCAGCCACCAUUUAUCCACCAUUGCCGCCGGAAAUAUCCCAGCCCAUACUUUCGGUGGCCGAUUCCGGUAGCGGUGAGCUCUAUGAGACCCGUUUGGAGGGCAAAACCAUCGGUUGCUUCUCCUUGGGCGGAGAGAUGCGCCUCUGCUUGCCACAAUUUCUCAACAAUGUUCUCAAUGACUUCACUUUGGAGCAAAUCAAUCGCAUUUUCGAUGAACUUGGCAUAUAUUGCUCCCAGUGUACUCCAGAUCAAUUGAUUGAGUUUAAGGCAGCCAAGAUUUUACCAUCGGAUGUCAAAGCCAGCGGUUUGAUAACCCGCACUGAUGCCGAACGUCUCUGUGCCGCACUAUUGCAUCGAUCCGAUCGCAAUAGCUAUAUACCCGUUGAGAAUUUGGCCAAAGGCGCCCUCAGUUUUCAUGUGUAUCACAAAUGUUUCGGCAAAUGCGAAGGCAUCUGCACUCCGGACAUGUAUUCGUAUCAGAAGCCCACUUGCAUCAAGUGUCUGGAAUGCGACGGUUGGUUCUCGCCCCAGAAAUUUGUUGGUCAUGUCCAUCGCAAAUUCGAGAAUCGCACCUGCCACUGGGGUUUUGAUUCACGCAAUUGGCAUGAUUAUCUUCAUGUUGCGUUGGAUGUCGAGAAUCGGGAGAAAUAUCAAAUAAUAUUGGAUCAACUGAAGGAGGUGGAAAUCAAGGAGAUGCACAAGGCGCAACGUGAAAUCGAUCACAAGAAACGAAAGGCGGAAAUGCUUAUGGAUGAGGGUCUGUUGGGUCCACUUGGUGGUUUGCCUCUGGUGGCUGGGCUGCCGCCAUCGCAUCAGGCUUUGCCAGCCAACCUCAAGCAACAACAAUUGGACAUUCCAAGCUCCAAGAAACUAAAGGGGGCACCCCCACCCAAUUUGGAGGCCUAUUAUCCAAUGAUGUAUGCCCAUUGCAUGCUGCAACAGCAGCAACGCGAACGCGAAAGAGAGCAGCAAUGUGUGGCGGCGGUGGGACAACAGCAGCAACAACAAAUGAACUGCUCCUCAUCGGCAUUUCGUCCAUGGGGACCAGGCAAUUCGGCGGCCUUUCUGCAAGUCUACAAUGCCACAGCGGUGGCUGCUCUCUCAUCUCAUCUGCCCUACACCUGCCAAGAUCCACCCGAAUUGCAGAAUCCCGAACGUGUCGUUCGUAGCUCCGAUCGUGAGCGUUUCGAGCGAACCUAUCAGCCAAAUGUCGCCUUGGCACCACGCAAGAGUAUACUUAGCAAGGAGCGGGACAAGGAUCGUGAGCGGGAGCGUGAAAGGGAACGAGAACGAGAGCGCUUGGAGAGGGAACUGGAGCGUCAGCGAUUGAGGGAGCGAGAUGAGCAGCAAAAAGAAUUGCAUAUUCAGAUUAAACAGGAGCGGGCGAGUACCCCAUCUCCACCGGCAUCGUCUGUGCCGGCAGUGCCGGCUCCGUUACCCUUAGAAUCCGCUCAUACGUCAAGUCGCAGCAAUUCGCCAACGACCACGCCAACGCCCACGCCGAUGGCAAAACCACUCCCGCCCUCUAGCAGCCAAGCGACACCAACAACCGCUAGUCGACAUGUGGUUGCACCACCUCUGCCCCUCAGUCCGGAAGAAUUUUCAGCUGGCAGCAAUGAGAUAACCUCAUCCACAUCACCGGUGCCGCCAGUCCGCAUAGCCACAGUCAAUCAACACAACAAGUUAAUGCCCAGCACAAAUGGCUCCAGCAAUCAUCACCAUCAUCAUCCAUCACAUCAUCACCAGAACCAACAGCAGCACCAGCAUCAGCAUGAACCAAGUCGCAUAAGGAUCAAUAAGAAUUUGAUGAUUCAGCCGACCAUUGCGGCAGGAGCAGGAUCUCCCCUAAAUAACAAUAAUAAUGGUGCCUUGGUGGUGCAAUCUCCCUUGCCAGCGCAUCCCCAUCACCAUCAUCAUCAUCCAUCACUGGGUGCCCCACAUCAUCAUCAUCAGCAUCAUCAUAAUCAUCAUCAUUCACAUGGCUACUACAAGACGCAACAACAGCAACCAUCACCCACUCAGUCUUCCAGUGCCGGUCUUAAUUUAAGUACUCACUCCUCCAAUGUGGUUAGCUCGCCGCAUCCUCAAACCACCAAACAACAGCAGCAACAACAUCCAACUCCACAUCAGCAGGCACCACUUCAGAAUGGUGGAGGCACCAAACCCCAUUUGGGCAGCGAAUUUGAAUUAUCAACAGACACGGAUGAUGACAGCCUGAACGGCGAACCAGAUAGCAGUGCCAUGCUACCACCUUGGGAACAGGCUGUGGACGCCCUGCGAGAAACCCGACCCCGGGAUCGGGAACGUGUGCUUAAUUUGCUCCAGCGCCUGCUCCAAGAGAAUCAACAAUAUCGCUUUAAUAAUCUGCAAUUAAGUGAACUGUUGCACAAGCAGGAUGUCCAUAUUUCCGACUUGACCGAGCAAUUGCAGCGAUGUCGCCGUCAGUUGGAGCAAUUGCAGGAUUGUAAAACAGAUCUGAAGCGAGUGCCAUUGAAGCAGACCACCAUGCUGGAAGAAGACGGCCAGGAGGAUGAUCGUGAUGAGGAAGAAGAGCUAGAGGAGGAGGAAGAAGAUCGGGCGAAUAACAAUAAUCUUGGUGAACAGCUACUGAAGCAGCCGCAAACCAAUGGCCUAAGACGUAGUCCUACGCCCCUAAACCGAGAUGAAGACGAGGAGGACGAGGAGGAGGACUCACAGAAUCACGAGCAAGAGCAAGAGUCUGAGGAUGAGCCAGCCAUGAAAAGGGUUAAGCUGCAGGAACAGAACGAACGAACAGAACAGCCCGAUGACCAGAGUCAAGGGGAUGAUGAUGAUGACGGUGAUGAAGAUAGCCGCAAUUCUUCCAUAAAGGAGAAACCUCUUGAGAAUGGUCGCCAGAUUAAUGGUAAUCAUAUGGAAACAUCUGAGGAUGAGGAAAUGGAAGAAGAUAGUCCAGACAAUGACAAUGAUAUUGUAGGUGUUCCUGUGGAUCAGGAUGAGUCCCAUGUGCAGGCUCCACAUAGCAGCUCAGUGGCCACACCACCCACAGCCACAACGCCCAUUUCCCCCGAUUCGGCUGCCACAGCGGGGCAAUUGUUCGAUAGCAGCAACAGCAGCGAUGAAUCAUCCAUGAAGAAGGCACAAAUGUCUGCCUGCAAUGCUUUAGCCAAAAUGACCAACAACAACGAUGACGAGGACGAGGAUGAUGAAGACGAGGAGGAUGGCGAUGGUGACGGCGAGGAUAAUGAUAAUGAUGAAGACGAUGAUGAUGACAAUGAUGAAGUGAGGUCUGACAAACAACCACAUCGGGAUGAAGAUUCAGAUGAUGAAAUGCCUUUGCAGCAACGCAAGCAAAGAAGACGUCGACACAACGGCAAUAACAGCAAUAAUAUAAUAACAGCAUCGGUAACAUCUUCCACUCCAACCACAACUCCAACUCCGUCUCCAGUGGCAUCAAUACCGUCUACGCCAACGCCAGCAACUCCACCUCCACCACCACCACCAACAGAAGCAGCUCCACCACCACCACCACCACCCAUGGCCACUAAGGCGAGCAAAAAACAAACCACCAUGCUACCAGCAACCAUAAUAACCACAACGAACUGCGAGUUACAAAUCAAAAAGGAAAUAGCCUAAAUAGUCCUUUCCCUGUUUCACCUUCUAAACCUCGGUCAGCUCGAAACGCUGUCUCUUUCACACACAGACACACCAACCCUUACACUCACACACACACUGACACUGACU